AUGAAAAAGAGUAAUGUUUAUCCACACAUCGAUUACUUACCAUGUGAAAAAUGUUUAGGCUUCUACUCUAGGAAACAAUUGUGGAAACAUAAGAAGACAUGUCAACCGUUAUCCGAUACCGCCAACACUCAAGUUCAGUCUCAAAAUUUUAUGUUACGCAACCUAAAUAUUGACAAAAAACUUAAAGAUGAGGUAUUUCCAAAAAUGAGACCUGACAAAAUAUCACUAGAAGCUAAAAAAGACACGUUAAUCUGUGCGUUUGGAGCCCAAUAUUUAAGGAUUCAUCGAGCAAAACACUUCGUAAACGUUACAUCGCGAAAAAUGAGAGAAUUGGUUAAAUUGUUACUAGAAUUGAAGACGCUGAAACCGUCACUUAAAAAUUUGAUGGAUUGUUUGAAACCUCAAAACUAUGAUCUAAUUGUUACUGCAACUAAAAAAGUAUCAAGUUACAAUUGUAAAACAGAUCGCUAUGGUGCUCCAACAUAUGCUGCAUGA